CUCUAAAGCUUCCUUUCUUUCCCAGCGUGGUUUCAAUGACAUUCUGAGCUUUUGCAAGACAUUUCGCUAUUCCUGAAAUGAAAAUGUCGUUAACCUUUUUAUUCAGAACUGUUACUAAAGACUUUGUAAAGGGCAACGUUUGCCAGCAUGUGCAAUCAUUACACAUGGGAUGCCAACUCCUGGCUGCAGAUAAAGUCCUCCUGAUGAAACUGCGAAAAAGUACCGGCUACACUUUCAUUAACUGCAAGAAAGCUCUGGAGAAGUUUGAUAAUGAUAUAACACAGGCUGAAACCUGGCUACACGAGCAGGCCCAGAAGGAGGGCUGGAGCAAGGCAAACAAGCUAGAAGGUCGAAAAGCCAAAGAGGGACUCAUCGGCCUAUUUGUAGGAGAAAAUGCUGCUGUGAUGGUGGAGGUGAACUGUGAGACAGACUUUGUUGCUCGGAAUGAAAAGUUCCAGCAGCUGGUGAAGGAUGUGACAUUUGCCACGUUGGCUCACCAUCGAAGUAAAACUCAAAGCCAGGAAGGAUAUGUAAAGAGUGCCCUGGCAGGUGAUGAAUUAAGCAAACUCAGAAUGGGUGAAGGAGCUUCGCUAGCUGAUCAGGUUGCUCUAACAAUAGGUCGCCUUGGUGAGAACAUGUCCGUGAAGCGAGCGGUGACAGUGGGAGUCCCUGCUGAGUGGCACAUUGGCUCAUAUGUCCACGGCACUGUCAGUGGCCAGACUGAAGUGGCCAUGGGCCGUUAUGGUGCUCUAGUCAUAUUUCAGGGUGGAAAAGAGGAAGAAUGGGACACCUUGGGUCGUAAACUGGGACAGCACAUAGUGGGGGAGGCCCCUUUGUCCUUGGGUAACAUGGAUGACCUGCCCUGUGGUGAAAGUGAGACACGCCUGCUGCCCCAGACCUUCCUGGCGGACCCCAGCAGGACUGUGGCACAGUUUCUGAGGGGUCAGCAGGCUCGAGUACUGGAUUUUGUUAGAUUUCAGUGUGGUGAGAAAGUUGGUGAAGAGGUAGAAUGAAGGAAGUCCUAUUGAGUGUGUUUAUUACGUGAGGAUGAAAUGCAGGAACUUCUCAAACAUUCAGACACUGAUGAUGAUUAUGAAAGCAGAAUCUUGUAAGUCUAUCAGUAUCUGGGUCUGAUGGAAUUAUUAAUCCACUAAUAAAAUGUUUUUCCCAGUAAA